AUGCCUGGCGAUGUGGGAGGCAGUCUCUUGGCUUUGGCUACGCCCAAUCAUGUCGUCCAGCCUGCAAGAGGGGUUUGCAUUUCGGUGCCUCCUUCAUCUAACCUCAUCUGGCAGUCUCGCAAUCCCCUCUGCACCAUGGCAUCCCUCAAAGUCCUUAACAGCCCCCAAUCCUAUACGAUCGCCUGGAUCGCUGCUCUUCCCAUCGAGCGGGCCGCCGCAGAAGCGAUGCUUGACGAGGAACACGCAGCUCCAACCGGCUUCACUAGACACCAAACCGACACAAACGUUUAUACAUGGGGCCGCGUGGGGGAGCACAACAUCGUAAUUGCUGCACUGGCCUCCGGGGUCUACGGAACCACCUCUGCGGCGACCACAGCCUCUAGCCUUCUUGCCUCUCUGCCAUCUAUUCGCAUCGGUCUCUUGGUCGGCAUAGGCGGCGGUAUCGCUCGACCGGAUGAGAAUCAAGAUAUUCGGCUAGGUGAUGUAGUCGUGAGCCAGCCCUGUGAUACCACGGGCGGCGUCUGUCAGUACGACUUAAUUAAGGCCAAUUCGGGUGGCAAGUGUGAGCGAAAAGGAUUCCUUGGACGACCCCCGACGGUUCUCCUCAAUGCGCUUACCAGUAUUCAAGCCCGUCAUGAGCGGAAAAACUCUGAUAUUCCCUGUUACCUUCGAGUAAUGCUGGAGCAGAACCCGAAGAUGGGCAAGAGAUCUAAGCAGAAUCCUGGCUAUACUCACCAGGGCUUCGACAAUGACCGACUUUUCAAAGCUUCAUAUGUCCAUGUCCCUGGCCUGGACUGUCAGGGAUGUGACACAGCUGAUGAGAUUCAACGUGAUCCUCGAGAGACUACCAACCCUGAUAUCCACUACGGGACUAUUGCAUCUGGUAAUACACUUGUCAAAGAUGCUGCUACACGCGAUCGCAUUGCUGCUGACCUCGGUGAGGGUUGCAUCUGCUUUGAGAUGGAAGCGGCCGGCCUGAUGAAUCACUUUCCCUGUCUUGUAAUCCGAGGCAUCUGUGACUAUGCCGAUUCUCAUAAGAAUGAUCGAUGGCAACGAUAUGCCUCGGCAACUGCUGCUGCAUAUGCUAAAGAGCUUCUGUCGUAUGUGCCAGCUGUAGAAGUUCAGGAGACUAAAAGGGCAGUAGAAGUUCUUCAGCUAGUUCAACAACAGAUUGACAACUUACAGCAGACGGCAGUCGCAACAAAGGCUAUAACUGAUUCUAUCAGGUCUGAUCUUUGUAAUAAUAAGAUCAGGAGCUGGCUUCGUCCCCCAGAUCCGUCUACAAAUGCCCACUCUGCAAGGACACUUCGCCAUGAAAGGACAGGCAUAUGGCUGCUGGAAAACCCUGUCUUCCAGUCAUGGCAUUUAGGGUCGCAUCGACAUUUAUGGCUCUAUGGACUUGCGGGAUGUGGUAAAACAGUUCUCAGUGUCACUGUGCUUGACUAUCUCAUGAAAAGAAAUGAGGGUCUUAUCCUCUACUUCUUCUUUGACUUUAGCGACAAUAGGAAGCAGACCUUAAAUGAUAUGCUACGGUCGCUUGCUUUCCAACUUUAUCAUAGUGGGGCUGGCUCAGCAACCCACCUUGAUGUGUUGUAUCAAGCAAACAAUGAUGGUAGCCACCAACCUGUAACAGAGACACUCUCAGAUACUGUUUUAAGAAUGCUUACAGCCCAGAGGAAGGUCUUUAUUGUCCUGGAUGCAUUAGAUGAAUCAAAAACACGGGAUGAUAUUCUCCUGUGGAUCAAGGAAAAAGUAUCCUGGCCAGAGUUGGUUCAUGUCCAUUUGCUUUAUACCAGUCGACCUGAAUCUGAGUUUCAGCAAUACAUACCCCCUCUUAUAGGACAGAAAAACUGUCUACGGUUCGAUAAGAAGACUGUCAACUCCGAUAUCCGGUCUUGGGUCACAGCACAGCUUUCUCAACGGCAUGAAUUUACACAGAAGCCCUUGUCUCAGGAGCUUCUUGAAGGGAUCCGAAGUAAAGUUGGUGAUGGGGCGGAUGGGAUGUUCAGGUGGGCCUUUUGUCAAAUGGACAGCCUGGCUCGAUGUCGUCACCAGGCAGCUAUGGAGGAGGCUCUUGCAUCUCUACCACUGAGUCUAAAUGAGACAUACCAGCGUAUGCUAUCAAGUAUACCGACAGAGCUAAAAAACGACGCAAUACGCCUUCUACAAUUCCUAGUGCAUUCCAAGAGACCUCUGAAGCUAGCCGAAGCAAAAGAAGUAAUAGCGACACAUAUCGAAAGCGAGUCACCAAAGUUUGAUAUCAAACGUCGAUUGUUCUGCGAGACUGAUAUUUUGGCUUACUGUCCUAGCUUAGUGACGUUUAUUUAUGCCUUUGAUACAGAACUACAUCUUGCUCACUUUUCUGUCAAAGAAUUCCUUCUCAAUGAGAAUAACUUUGGGAUUACUAAUGCCAGCAUUGCUAUCACGAUGACAUGCUCAACUUAUCUUACGGACAUCAACUGUAGCAAUAGCAAGAUGGUGGAGGAAUUUCCAAUGGCGAGAUACGCAGCAGAGCUUUGGUCGGACUUUGCCGCAGUGGCUCAGGCUUCUGAGGAUAUUGUUCGAAUGACUGUUUUAUUCCUAGAAAAGGAAUCGACAUUUCAACGGUGGACUCAUUUAUAUCAGCCUGAUAGGAGUUGGGACACUAGUCCUGGUCCUCCAAAGGGUUCUAGGCUCUACUAUGCUUCCUUCAUUGGGCUUAUAGCUUCUGCGCAGGAUCUAAUUGGCAAGGGAGCAGAUGUCAAUAGGCAAGGCGGCUAUUAUGGCAAUGCUCUCAUCGCCGCCUCGUGGGGAGGCCAUCAAGAGAUUGUCAAACUCCUCUUAGACCAGAGAGCAGAUUUCAAUGCGCAAGAAGGUUACUUCGGCAGUGCUCUCCAGACUGCCUCAGUGAGAGGCCAUCAAGAGAUUGUCAAACUUCUCUUAGACCAGGGAGCAGAUGUCAAUAAGCAAGGCGGCUAUUAUGGUAAUGCUCUUCAGGCUGCCUCUUUAAGAGGCUCUCAAGAGAUUGUUAAACUUCUCUUAGAUCAGAGAGCAGAUGUUAAUGUGCAAAAUGGCUACUAUAGCAAUGCUCUCUACGCUGCCUCGUGGGAAGGCCAUCAAGAGAUUGUCAAACUCCUCUUGGGCCAGGGAGCAGAUGUCAAUAGGCAAGGCGGUGAGUAUGGCAAUGCUCUCCAGGCCGCCUCAGCAAGAGGCUAUCAAGGAAUUGUCAAACUCCUCCUAGACCAGGGAGCAGAUGUCAAUACGAAAGUUGGCCAGCAUAACAAUGCUCUUAUUGCUGCCUCAUGGGAAGGCCAUCAAGAGAUUGCCAAACUCCUCUUAGACCAGAGAGCAGACGUCAACGCGCAAGGCGGCUACCAUGGCAAUGCUCUCCAAGCUGCCUCAGCAAAUAACCAUCAAGAGAUUGUCAAACUCCUCUUGGACCAGGGAGCAGAUGUUAAUAUGCAAGAUGGCUACUACAGCAAUGCUCUCUACGCCGCCUCGUGGGAAGGCCAUCAAGAGAUUGUCAAACUCCUCUUAGGCCAGGGAGCAGAUGUCAAUAGGCAAGGCGGUGAGUAUGGCAAUGCUCUCCAGGCCGCCUCUGUAAGAGGCCAUCAAGCGAUUGUCAAACUUCUCUUGGACCAGGGAUCAGAUGUCAAUAUGCAAGAUGGCUACUACAGCAAUGCUCUCUACGCUGCUUCGUGGGAAGGCCAUCAAGAGAUUGUCAAACUCCUCUUAGACCAGGGAGCAGAUGUCAAUAGGCAAGGCGGUGAGUAUGGCAAUGCUCUCCUGGCCGCCUCUGUAAGAGGCCAUCAAGCGAUUGUCAAACUUCUCUUGGACCAUGGAGCAGAUGUCAAUAGGCAAGACGGCCAGUAUCGCAAAGCUCUCAUCGACGCCUCAUGGGACGGCCAUCAUGAUAUUGUCAAACUCCUUCAAAGAAGGGGUGCUAUUGCGUCAUCUUCAAAGCGGUCUGGCUCUCGCGUUACAAGCAAUCCAGUGAAGAAAUUUCGACUUAUGGAAUCUGAACCUUCUGAUGAGACUCAAUGA